GCCGCAGCCGGGGAGAGGUGGAGCCGGAGCCGUUUUAUCGAGAGCCGAAGUGGAAAUUUCCCCCUCAGUUGCCGGUCCGCCGUGGAGGAGACGCUAGCGGGAGCUGCUUGCCCUUGUUACCCUGUGCCGCGUCCUCUCUGCCCACCCGCCGCUAUGUCCAACUACAUCCACGUCCCGCCCGGCUCCCCCGAGGUGCCCAAGCUGGACAUCACUGUCAGCGAGCGGGAGGGGCCCGGCUACCGCCAGGGCGCCCUGCAGCUCCUACGCCGCCUGCGGCCCCACUGGAGACCUGAGGAGGUGACGCUGCAGCUGUUCACAGAUGGAAUCACCAAUAAAUUAAUCGGUUGCUACGUGGGUGACAUAACAGAUGAUGUCGUUCUAGUUAGGAUCUAUGGAAAUAAGACCGAGCUCUUAGUAGAUCGAGAUGAGGAAGUGAAGAGUUUCCGUGUAUUACAGGCCCAUGGCUGUGCACCUCAACUAUACUGUACUUUCAAUAAUGGCCUGUGCUACGAGUUCAUGCAGGGUGAAGCACUGGAUCCAGAACAUGUAUGUAAUCCAGAUAUUUUCAGACUCAUUGCCAGACAGCUUGCUAAAAUCCAUACUAUUCAUGCACACAAUGGAUGGAUCCCUAAAUCUAAUCUGUGGCUGAAGAUGGGGAAAUAUUUCUCUCUCAUACCCACAGAAUUUGCAGAUGAGGAAGUAAAUAAAAGGUUUCUAAGUGACGUUCCAAGUCCUCAAGUUCUUCAGGAAGAGAUGGCAUGGAUGAAGGAAAGACUGUCAAAUUUGGGAUCACCAGUGGUACUCUGUCACAAUGACCUGUUGUGUAAGAAUAUUAUUUACAACAAGAAAAGAGGUGAUGUGCAGUUCAUAGACUAUGAGUACUCUGGAUACAACUACCUGGCUUAUGACAUUGGAAAUCACUUCAACGAAUUUGCAGGGGUAAAUGAGGUAGACUACAGCCUUUAUCCUAACAGAAAAUUACAGGAACAAUGGCUCAGAUCUUACCUUGAGGCCUACAAAGAAUAUAAAGGGUUUGGCACAGAAGUCAGUGAAAAAGAAGUUGAAGUUCUGUAUGUCCAAGUCAAUCAGUUUGCACUGGCUUCCCACUUCUUUUGGGGUCUGUGGGCUUUAAUUCAAGCCAAAUAUUCCACCAUUGACUUUGAUUUUCUAGGGUAUGCGAUUGUUCGCUUUAACCAGUAUUUCAAAAUGAAGCUGGAGGUCAUGACAUUAACUCUUCCUGAAUAAUGAAGAGGAAGAAACUUACCAAGUGGAUAGAGAACCCCUGAAUAUUUUCUAAGAACAGAUACUGGAAAAAAAGCUAAACAUUUGUUGAAGUUCUGUUAAUGCUCACUUGGUGGUUUUUGCUUUAUAAAUAAUGCCUCUAAACAGUCCUUCAAUGUUAAAUUUAAUAUGAAGAACAUGCGUACUGCUGUUGAUAUAAAAUGGAUUAGAAACUUGCUAAAUCUAUGAAAAGUUGUAGAAAUGGCAAUUUAAUCCUUCUUUGUAAUUUAACAUGUUGUAUGUGAAUUAUUUAUUAUAAGUUUAACAUGAUUCCAUUGCUGCUUUCAUCAGGUUUUUUUGUAAGAGUUGGGUGCAGACAGUGAAGUUGUUCCAAAGGAUUCGUCUAACAACUUUUAUUGAAGUUGUGUUAACUUACAUUAAAGAAAACAUGGUCAGAGAAUAUUAACCUUUUAGAUGUGUACAGGCAACAUGAGUGAUGAUAGACUUGAGAUUACCACUGUGGUGUAACUAGGGAGAAAAGUGAGAAUCAUUUUUUUUGUCCCCUUUUUUUUUUCUUUUUUUCCCCUUAAGAAAAGCAGCUUUCCAUAUGAUGGUGCUUUUCCUUUGUAUAGAAUUAAUGAGUUUGCUGAAAUGAUAAAUAACAUUUGGGUUUUUUUAUUUUCUUUUUUCUUCUAAGCUGUAGAAACGUGAAAGUUCUGUGGCAGUAAGAUUCUUUUGAGGGUAUGUACCAUCAUAGUGGUAGAUGGACAAUGUACUGUCUCUGACUUCUGUGGGAAAGCUGCUUGUUUAUUAAGUGUACUUUUAAAGCAAAAGACCACUAUCCCAAACCUAUCGCAUUUUUGAAACUUGAUUCUAAAUUUGAACGCUAUUCUGCUGUCUGUAUUUGAUGUUCUUCAGCAGUAUCUACCAGAAUGGGCUAUUGAACUGAAGACUAGUGAACAGAGAUCCUGUUGCACUGGGGAGCAAGACACUUAGGUUUACAGUUGUGUAUUGCUGACAUCUUUUUGCUUUGUCGCCUUCUAACCUUGGAUUCUAGUCUUAAAUACUUGGUCCUGUAAUUGCAGAUUCUGGUAUUUUGGGGGUUUCUUUUUUAUUGUUGUUUUGUUUGGUUUUUUUUUUUGUUUCCUGUGGCAGCAAAUUACUUUCGAAGUCUCCAGCUUUGAGGGAUAAUCUGGAAAAGUUCAUGACUUGAACAAUGGGGCUUUGAUCAUCAUGGAUUUUCUUUAUUUCUUAAAGCUAUUAUACCAAGAAUGGUCUGGAUUGCAAAGUGUGAAUGGAAAAGAAAAUGUUUACUUAACAAAACAAUGUAUAAGUUUGCAUGGAAAAGAGGCUUUAAAUUUGGAAAGGGGGGUGGGCAGGCAGGGUAAGAAACCCAGAACAGAAAAAUAGAACCCAACAAGGCAGUGUGGAGUUGGGCAGGCAUGUACUCAACUGUAAUUAUACUCUGAAAAGCUUUGCACUUUGGUCACAUAAGUGCCCACAUGUACAAAGUCUGUGUGUCUGCAUAUGCAGGUGCAAACACAAACUUACCUGAAGAGUAAAUAUUGUGGGGAGUCUGUUGUACAGACCCCAGCAAAGAUAUUUAUUCCAAACUGCUUUAUGGCACACUGCUGUGUGUGUAUGUGUGUAUAUGUGUAUCUGUAUGUACGCAUAUAUAUGCAUAUGUGCUUUGCAAAAGGUUGGAUUGAUUCAGGACAAAAAAUUGAUGUGAAUGAAAAAUUUUCACCUUGAAAGACCAUUUUGAAUGGCAUUCUGUUAUUUUACAAAAGCAAAGUUUGGUACUUUCUUAUUCUUCUUGUUUAUAUUAAUCUCUAAAUUUUUCUUUAUUUUUUUUUAAUUUCCUUCACUCAAAACCUUAAAAAAACCCAAUACCAGUGGGAGAAGUGGGAUUUUUUUUUUUUUUCUUUUUUUGUAACUUGAAAUUCUGUAACCUUUUUCAGUAGCAGUUAUUAGCUGGAGGCUACUAUAUUGGAUACAUUUUCUUGGUAGUUAAAUAGAAACAAAUAACUAAAAUGGACAGAGUUUCCUUUGUAGCAGUUUUCAAGGAUGUUGCUAGAGCUCAUGAAGGCACUGAAAACUUUAAUUUUCUGUACUUUCUUCCUGUUGAUAUUAUUGAUGUAUGUUGGGUAAUACCCUGCUGUCUUGGUAGUUUCUUUGAGUUCAGCAAGAUCUGCUUUGGAAGUAAGAUUGAUAAAGAUAUUUAAACUCCUCCUAUUUUCUUCAAGUGGUGGCUUUAUUUCUGGCAGUGUUGCUUUGUAUUUGUGAAAUAUUUGAAAAAGGCUGUGAAGUUGACUUGGUCCUGGGAAACCCAGCACUUGACAGCUCCUAACUUUCCCAACAGUUAGCAGAGCACACUCCCUUUUUAGGUACCAGUACUAUUUUAGUUGGGAGUUAGUGUAAUUCUUUUCAAUAGUAUUUUUAUUUGUAUAGCUCAAGUAGCAAUAACUGUAGGAGUGGAAGCUUGCUUCUGCAGAGCUAAAGUUCCUCAUGAGUGCAGCUCAGUCUCCUUGUGGAACAAAUUUCCACUGAAUCUCAUAAAAGCACUUUGAAGCAGGUAAAUACUGCAAGCUUUUCCUGAGCCACUUCAAAGAAGCACAAGGGUUAUCACAGGUCACAGUGGUUGACUUUGCAGUACUGGUAGAAACUUUCAUUUUGCAUGUUGAAAUUAAUUUUACACACUGAAAUGCUGCUUUGCAUCAGCUUUCUUUCAAGACAAGUGCAGAUUAAAACAAUUCCUGUUAAGUUCUAAGGAAAUACUGUAAAACAUUUUACAACAUGAAAUGCCGGUUACCUUGAGCCUUUUUCCACAUCAGUUUGAGCCAGUAGCACUCGGGUAUUCUAACUUGUUAAGGGAUAUCUCCGAGACGUGUUAAGUUUAAAGCAGUAGUUCCCAAUAGCAUUGCAGAUCAUAAGGUAGCUUGAAACUGUGAAUACAGGACAUUCUGAAUGUAAGUUUAGGUACUAGAGCACCGAACUAGAGAAUAUGUACUUGUUUCAGUUAAUUUAUCUCUGUCUCUUCAAUAGCAAUGUUAAGAUACUUAAAUCACUGAGCUCUAGAAACAUCCUGUAGUAGUUUUGACUGUGACUUGCCAAGAAGAUACUCUGUUGCCUUUAUGUUAAGCUAAGGGCAUUAAUGCCAAAACUAAUAAUCCUUACUGUGGUUAAACCUAUAUUGUAAAUAUGAAGGGGGUUAUUAGUAAGGGCAUUCUUGCAUAAAUAGCAUCAAGUCAAUAGACCAUAGUGGCCUGGUUGCUUUUGUAAAGCAGAAUAGUGUGAAUUUUUUUCUUCUCAUUUCUGCAGUCAGAUCUGGCUAAUCCACAGCUAAUUUCUUAGGUCAUCAAAGCAUUAAAGAUUUCUGAAUGAUAACUGGUCUCUUGUCACAUAACUUUGAAUUCCUUCAUUGACAUUUCCUGAUUUGUAUUUUAAAAGGACUUACAAAAAUUUGCAUUAACCAGGUCUGACUGUAUAUGUAUAUACAACAGUGUAAAUAACCAUUUGUAAAUUAGUGUGAAUUGUACUGUAUCUUGCAUUUAUGGACAUGGGUAUUGCAUUGUAUUCUCUCCUAUUUUGUAGAAAUUCUGAUGUAAAGAAGAAAUCUGUGUGCAAACUCUUGUUAAAUUGACCUGUAAGAGAGCAUAAUAGUUUUAUGUUCAGGUAUCCAUUUACAGCCUUGGGCAUCCAAUGUCUUUUUUUUUUUCUCCCGUUAGCUUUUUUGUCAUCUUGCUCUUGGGAACGAUUCUGGGAAUAAAGGAAUUCAUGCAGUACUAAGAGAAAGACUGUUCUAAUGGGCAAACUAUAUGUCAGAGGUCUGUGUAGUACCUGUGGUGUGGGGAAAGCUGUUAAAUAUGUUAAACUUCCAAAAAUUUCCUAUACAUUCUUGAAUGCUGGUGACUUCUAAACAUAUGAGCACGUUGAAUUGAGUGCGCUCCCAUGGUGACAGCAAUUGAGUUAGUUGUGAUAGAAGUUCCCCAACUUAAGAUUUUUGGUGGCUAUAGCCUUAUAAUAGGGUUAGUUGUUAACUUGUAAAUGUUCAUGGUAAAUGCCCGAAUCACAAAAAUAGUUCUGCCCUAUUUUCUUCCACACUUGGCUUAUUGGUAGCCCUUUCAGACUGAAACGUAACUGAGAUAUUUUCCCUGUGUGCUACUCCUUCCCCCUCCUCCCUGUGCCUAUGCCCUUCUUUGUUAGCUUAAAUUUUUGAUGUAGCAAGGUAUUAGAUAUGCUUAUUUGCUUGCAUGGUUUACGGAUGAGAGCAAAUUGCAAAGGGUAAUGUUUGUUUCAAAAUGGAGUUCAGAUUUUUUUAAAGCCUUUGGUAUCUAACAGAAGCUUACAGAAUACUCUGUUGUUACUCCUCCCCAAAAGAAGUUUUCGAUUUUGAUAACACUGAUUAAGUAAGCUUGCUCCAUAACCCGAUGGAAUGUAAUCUCUUGCUUGAGAUAGUCCUUCUUGCAAUUUGCAGAGGAGGUUUGUUUGCCGCAUCUCACCUCUCUGUGUUUGAGGUGGCUGUCUAGUCUUGAUUUGUCUCCAUGGUUUUGUAUUGUUUGCUGUGUUCUUGGAUGCCUUCUGAGGUAUGCUAGAUUACUAAACCACUGGAAUUAGCUACUGUCUCCUGUCAUCUCUUCCACACCAUGCAGGUUGUAACUGUAGUAGAACAGAAGUAUUUGAUCAGACCUUGAGGUAAUGCAAGGCUGGUGCUAAGCAGACUUGCAGCUGAUACUUACACCUUCCCCCUGCUGCCCAUUUUAUUUCCAUAGGCUGGAAGCCAGUUGCCUUCAUGAGUUGUGAAAGAUACAAAAAGCCAAAAACCUGUGAUCUAGUACACAAUAGGAUUUCUGUUAGCCAGCCACACAACUUUUAAGAAGGAGGCUCUUGGCAGUGAGAAACCACACAAAUCUAUAUGGGACAUGUUGGAUGGAACCAAACUUUGUGGCUUACAGACCUCCAGAGUGUUUGUACAUGCCAAUUGCAUGGAGGUGCUCCAUCUAAGUGAUGGGAUGAGACACUAGGAAAAGCCUUGUAUAUUUCUAAGUGACUCUUUCAGUUUCAUCUGACCUAUAGAGGUAAGUUCUGUGAUUAGGAAACAAGUCAACCUGUGAGGAGAGGGAAGAAAUGUUCCAAAAGAUUAUUUAAAACCCCCAAACUCUUAUGUAGUUAACUUGCAACCCUUAAGUGUGUGUUGGGCUUUUUCUCUACAUUGGUGGUGGUCUGCACCACUGUCACUGAUAAAGGGGUUUAUUGUGAAACAUCAGAAAACUGACUGGAAUGGCCCUGAGGCCCAGUAUGACCUUAGAACAGGUGCCAGACUCCACCAGAUUACUCAACUUCUGGUUUGAGAUAUUUACAUCAGCUGGUUCUAUAGCUGCCUGAAAUUGCUGAGCUGCUGUUUUAGGUUUCCUGUGAUGUGGAAAUUAAUUCAUGGCCUUCCCAAUGGGUUUGAUGUGAUGUUUAUAGAGGUAAUGCAGAGAGAACUUGGUGGAAAUAAGUUGAGCGAACACUUGGAAAGCAAACAAGUUUGAAAUCUACCAAACUUUGAAAAUAAAUCCUGAAAUAACGUCAUAAAAUAAGUAGCUUCAUAAAUGAGAAAUAAUUUCAGGUACUGCACCAGCCUAGUUUUGUGGUAUUGCAGCUGCAUUUUUCCUAUGUUAAAUGUCUUUUUCCCUACACAAAGAUCCCUGCAAAGCACAAGGUGAGAGAUACCAUGGAAGAGAAACCUGAAAAAUACUGUAUAAAACGCAGCGUGAACUGGAAAAAAGUCUUAUGUUUCUAAGCUUUUGGUAGUAGUAAUUUUUAAGUGCUAUCAGAAAAUGGUAGGUGUCAUGUCUCCAGUGUGUGAAAGAUUAUCAUUUUUUAGUAGAAAUAUUCCUUUUAACAUUUCGUAUCUCAAAUGCAGUCUGUGGUAGUUAAUAAUGCUGCUUUGUACACAAGUGCUUUGAAUAGUCUCAGCUCCAAGAAUGUAUUAAAUCUUUCUUAAAUAUGGCUUAAAAGUUAGAUCGAUUGGUUCUGUCUCAAGCCUCUUGAUCCAACUUUCUAAAACCCUUUACUUGCAGAAGCAGGGCCAUAGCAUAUUAGGGAUAUAAUCUCUUUUGUGUCAAUUCUUUUGUUACUGCAUAUUUUUCAGUGUUCUUCUAAACAUGAGUCCAUUUAUGUCCUGUGAAUUAAAUUAGCUCAAUUUACAAGUAAGUGUAUGUCAUCUUCCAGCACUGUCAUCACCCCAAAAGUCCCCAUGACCCUUCUUGUAUGUUGUGAAGUUUAGAUGCGUCAUUUAUCCAUUGGAGUGAAUUGUAUUUCUUUUGAACUAAAUGUUAUUGAAGCUAUUGUAAGGCCUUCUACCACUGAUUAAAUGAAGUAAUGUACCUUUCAAAGAGAUAUAUAUUCUGUAAAUAAUUUCAAACUGCAACAAUAAAGUUUGUUUCUAACUGCA